CCGUCCUUUUUGGACAAAAGAUCCUCGGAACGAGGUUGUCUGGAUUCGCUACAAAAUUAUUGUGGACCGUGAGAAAAUAAAACAAACAAACAAAAUGGCAGCAGAACAACGUGCUCAAGAUCCUAACGAAGAUGAUGGAGGUAUUGAUGCUGAUAUCGAGAGUGAUGAUGGAGACAACAAUGUUAAAAAUCACGGUAUGGUUGCAAUGGGAGAUAUUAUUUCGAAAAUUCUGGCCAAACCAUUACCGGAAUCUGUGCCUGCAAUCUUGUCCAAGAGUAAGAAGUCUCAAAAGAGGAAACUGGAAAUGAGGGAAGAGCUUUUAAUUAAAAAGGAUAAAGCUGAGGAGCGACUUGAAAAAAGAGAGAAGAACCAUGUCUUACCUACACGAUCAAACGCACAAAAAGAAGUUCUGCUAAAAAGGAUUGCUACAAAAGGAGUUGUUAAAUUGUUCAAUGCUGUAAGUGCACAUCAAAAGCUUGUUUCUGAGAAGAUGAAGGAAGCGAAAACAGAGGCUAGAAAGUCGAAAGCUGUGGAAACUGUUACGAAGUCAAGUUUUAUGGAUUUAUUAAAAACUAACAAAGAUAAAAAGAAAUCAGAAGAGGAAAAUAGCAAGGAAAACGACAAGCAAAAUAAGAAAUGGGACGUAUUGCGUGAUGACUUCAUGUUGGGUGCAUCUAUGAAGGACUGGGACAAAACGAACGAAAAUGAAGUGCAAGAAGAGAAAGAAGCUUCUGAUAGCGAAGAUACUUCAGAAUAGAUUGCAUUUAUUCAAUUAAGAGUAAUCGCAAAAAGGAAGGAUGUAACAAUUUUGGUUGUGGAGUUUGAAUAAUAACUCUAUGGUUUGAAGAAGUAUUGCUGUUCACGUAACCUUGAGGAGAGAAAAAGUGUCACAAGAAAUCCAUCUAUCUCACUCAAAGAAUAUGGAAAAACUGUUAAAACGAGGUUCCUGUAGUGCUUGUUGGAAGAGAACAGUUCAAGUCAGUGUUAUAUGUUAUAGUGUGGAUAACAUGCAAGAAGUUAAAAUAUAACUGAAGUAGGGAAAUUGACCUAUCUUAGGGUA